AUGAAAAUGAAUGAUAAGCUGAAAGAAGCACUCAAACGAUUGAAAGAUCGUUUCAGUAAACCAAACUCAGAACAUGAAGACUGUACACAGUCAACUGAACCCAGCAAGAAGAAGAAAAAGAAGAAGAAAAAGAAGAAAAAGCAAGAAGACACAAAUGAUGAAGUUUGCACUCCUGCCACUGAUCCAACAAGAGUUUCUGUUGUGGAAUCAACCUCAAAUGUUAAGCCGUUCAACAGCAUUAAUCCAUCAACAACACGCGAAUGGCUACAAACCAGCAAGAGAUGGAAGGAAAAAUUAGAGAAGCUGGUUAACACUGAUGAAAGUAAAGUCAGCAGAAUUAAAAGUAUCAUUUAUGUGAAUGAUGCAGAAUUCCGCAUUGCAAAGGGAAGUGAUGGUACUGAAGUCUUCUUGGGGCUGAGAGAUGAUGGCACUGAAGUAGCUAUUAAGAGAAUGUCUAAAUGCAACUAUCAAGUGUUGAAGAAUGAGGAAGGAAUUCUUCGACUUCCAGAGCUAGAUCAUCCAUCUAUUGUACGAUACAUUGACGCUGCGGAGGAUGAGAACUUUGGAUAUCUUGGUCUACAACUUUGUGAAUACACUGUGGAAGAAUAUAUCAAAAAAAAUGAUAGCAGUCUGCUGAUAAAGAAACUGGUCUAUCAGGUCAUCAACAGUUUAAGGGUUCUUCAUUGUAAAAAUCCUCCAAUUCUCCACCGGGAUCUCAAACCACAGAAUGUUUUGAUUGAUGUUAAUGGGAGGGCAAGACUAGCUGACUUUGGCAUAAGCAGACGGUUACUCAAAGGACAAACAACUUUGCGUACAGGCAGUGCAGGAACUAAAUGCUGGAUGGCCAAAGAGACUUUAGUAGAAGAAGGUGACAUACCAUACAAGUCAAACACGGACAUACAGGUGGCAGGGAUGCUGAUUUAUUACAUCCUCUCUGGAGGACACCAUCCAUUCGGUGACCUAUCCUAUGAGUGUGAGUUUAACAUUCACCGUGGGAAGUACAAUUUGGACCAUGUUCAAGAUGUAGUGGCAAAGGAUCUCAUCGAAGGGAUGAUCAAUGAAGAACCAAAGAUGAGACCUAAAGUGGAGGAAUGCUUAAGUCAUCCUUUAUUCUGGACCAGUGAAAGGAGAGUAGAAUACCUAAGAAGGAUUGGUAACAGAGAUGAGACGGCAAACUAUCGAAAUGCUGACCAGGAAACGAUUUGUUGCCUGGAAAAAUGUGCUGGGGAUGGAUCCUUCAAACUGUGGAAAACUAAGUUUCCACCAGAGUUGGUCCAGAAGAUGGAUUCCAAGAAAAAACCCUACACUGAAAACAUGUUGGGAUUACUGCGCUUCAUACGCAAUCUACAUGAGCAUUAUGUCAAAGAUGCAGCCACAAUUGACCUGAUGGAGAUUUUUCCCGAUCUCUUUGGAUGUGUUUACAAGUUUGCAAAGAUCCAAGGUUGGAAUUCAGAGACCCCUCUGAAGGAGAUGUUUCGAAGAGAAGACAUCUCUACCAGAUUUGAAACACUGUCUGUAAACCCUGAUGAGCAUGUUAGUUUCCCAGUUCAGGAGUCUCAGGGAAGUGAUGGCAUUGAAAUCUUCUUGGGGAUGAGAGAUGACGGCACUGAAGUUGCUAUUAAGAGAAUGUCUAAACUGGAUAACUGUCAAUUACUGGAGAAUGAAGAAGAAAUUCUGCGACUCCCAGGCCUCGAUCAUUCAUUCAUUGUACGAUACAUCGACUCUGUAGAGGAUGAGAACUUUCGGUAUCUUUGUCUUCAACUGUUCGAGUACACCCUGGAGGAAUACAUCAAGGAUUGUCCAGAAGACAAGCUGUAUCGAAUCAAGCGCUUCAUCCUCAAAGCUCUGAAAGUGCUUCAUUAUCAAGAUCCUCCAAUUUUCCACUGGGAUCUCAGUCCACUGAAUUUUUGGAUCGAUGUUAACGGAUGGGUGAGACUGGCUGGUUUUGGCUUAUGGCGUCGGUCAUCUGGUGAACAAAAAAGCUUCUACACAGGCGGUGCAGAAGCAACAGACUGGAAGCCCAACGAGACUUCGACAGGAGAAGAUAACAGACCAUCCAACCAGAGCAGAGAUAUACAGCGUGUCGGGAUGCUGUUUGAUGAUAUCCUCUCCAGAGGACAACAUCCUCAUCAAUGUCAGAACAAUACUCAUGAGAGGAAGUACAACAGUUUGAAUCAUGCGCUGGCAAAUGAUCUCAGUGAGAAGAUGACUGACAAAAAACUAGAGAACAGACCCGGAGCGCAAGAAUGCUUGAACCAUCCCCUCUUCUGGCCCCGGACAAAGUAA